CACAUCUGAAAUUCCCCAGUUCCGGCUACCAUAUGAUGUAGUACAUUUUGAAACUAGGCUUAUGAAGGACCUCGGAGUGAAGAUUAUCUGUGGAACAAGUCUUUCGGUGGAAGGACUGACACUCAGUGCUUUAAAGAAUGAUGGUUACAAAGCAAUCUUUAUUGGAAUUGGUCUACCAGAACCAAAGAAAGAACCUGUAUUUCAGGGAUUGGGAAUGGAAGAAGGAUUUUAUACAUCAAAAGAAUUCCUACCACUGGUGUCUUUGGCAAGUAAACCAGGAAUAUGCGGCUGUCGCUCUUCAUUGCCAUCAAUACAGGGAACCGUGAUUGUUCUUGGAGCAGGCGAUACCGCCUUUGAUUGUGCAACCUCAGCUUUGCGCUGCGGAGCGCGACGUGUUUUUGUGGUCUUCAGGAAAGGAUUUACUAAUAUACGGGCUGUCCCGGAAGAGAUGGAGCUUGCAAAGGAAGAAAAGUGUGAAUUCCUACCUUUUCUUUCUCCUCAGAAGGUUGUCAUAAAAGGAGGAAAAAUUGUUGCUAUGGAAUUUCUCCGGACUGAGCAAGAUGAGGAUGGAAAUUGGAAAGAAGACAAGGAGCAAACUGUCCGUCUGAGAGCAGAUAUAGUGAUUAGUGCCUUUGGUUCAACCUUAAAUGAUCCUAAAGGUAUUUCUCAGUCACAAUGUUUAUGAAUCGGCCACAGUCAAACACUUAACAUUCCAGAGGGGAA